UUCGACCAUUCCAGUGAAUGGCAAACUGACGGUUUUUUAACUUUUACCAAAAUUUCAAUUAAAACUAGUUAAAUAUCACGAUAAAAUGGCCCAAAAGGUGAUCAAGUACUUUGGCCGGACCACGGACUUCCGCGGCAACACGUUGUGGGAGCUGGUCUCGGAUCUGCCCAACUGGGGAGUGGGUCGCCUCCUCAUACGUAACAUGUUCCAGCGAUAUCCGGAGCCCUGCUACAUGCGGAUUCUGAAGGUGCAGUCCGUGGAUGAACAGCCCGGCGAAAUCCGCAAAGUUCGAGUCACCGUGGAGAAGACCUGGCGCGGAGUAACCCAGCCCAAGCCCGUGGAGAUCUACAGCACCAGCUACAAGGCGGACUACGAACUGGUGCCCCAAAGUGAGGAGGCCAAGUACCUGAACAACAACAACAAGGUGCAGCCAGUGGUGCUGCCCACCAAGAUUGACCUGCCACCUCUGCUCCGCGAGCUGGUCUCAGAGGAGACGGGCAAUCCCAAUCCACAGAUGAAGGUGCACUACAAACUAACACACAAUAAACUGGCCAGAUUAGCCAAGGAUGGUGAGAAACCAACCAUAAACUUCGAACUGGGUGUGGGACAGCCCAAACCCGUGAGCGCCAAGCUUUACGAAGGAUUAUUAUAAGUCUGGGACAUUGUUAAAAUAUUAAAUACACAUAUAUUAUACACUUAAACUAAA